AAUCCAUCGCCCCUCCCCCAAGACGACCGACUCUGCGUUCUCUGCGCUCCCAUAUAACAAUCACACCACGACGCUAGUUUCCAGUCUUUCCGACCGCCAUAAUGAACCCCGAAUACGAUUACCUCUUCAAGCUCCUCCUCAUCGGUGACUCCGGUGUUGGAAAGUCUUGCCUGCUGCUCCGUUUCGCCGACGACACCUACACCGAGUCUUACAUCUCUACCAUUGGUGUCGACUUCAAAAUCCGCACGAUAGAGCUUGACGGAAAGACGGUGAAGCUGCAGAUUUGGGAUACCGCCGGCCAGGAGCGCUUCCGAACCAUCACUUCGUCCUACUACCGUGGCGCCCACGGUAUCUGCGUCGUGUACGAUGUCACCGACAUGGACUCGUUCAACAACGUCAAGCAGUGGCUGCAGGAGAUCGACCGCUACGCCACUGAGGGCGUCAACAAGCUGCUCGUUGGCAACAAGAGCGAUAUGGCUGACAAGAAGGUUGUCGAGUACACCGUUGCCAAGGAAUUUGCCGACAGCCUCGGCAUUCCCUUCCUCGAGACUUCGGCCAAGAACGCUAGCAACGUCGAGCAGGCGUUCCUCACCAUGGCGCGCCAAAUCAAGGAGCGCAUGGGCACCACGACCGCCAACAACGAGAAGCGCAGCGUCCAGGUCGGCCCCGGCCAGAACGUCUCUUCGUCCCCGAGCGGCGGCUGCUGCUAAACGGCUCACUUGAUGGCUUUUUCUGAAGUCACCCCAUUUUCUUUAACUCCUCCCCGAAUUCCUUU